AAAUCCCAAGUCUGAAAGAAUUCCGUUUUUCUUUUCUCUUUUUCCCCGGAUCAGAUCCCGACCCUCCUGAAUACCAUAUGAAAUCGACACCAGGUUUGUUUUUCUGUACUGAAAAUUUCUUUUCUUUCGUAAUUUUCAAAAUCUCAGUCCCAACAGCAAAGUUUUGGUUUUUGUUCACCUGAAAAAGAACCUCUCUUUCUCUCUCUCUACAUUUGAAGACCACAGAACUAGGGAAUUGCAUGAUUUUACCCAUUUGGGUAUGCUUGGUUUUUCCAAUUGCUGAUUAUCGCGCUUCUAUUCAUUUCUCUCUCUGAAUUUUCAUUUGGGUAUCUGCUUGAUUUCUCAUUCCUUCAUCAUCUGUCGAUUUCUCUAUAUUUCCACAUCUGUCUGUAUAGUCACAUCUGGGUGUGCUUGAUUUUCUACGUUCUCAUCAUAUAUGGUGAGUCUAAUGCUUCCAAAGCAGAAAAUUGCAUGAUUAUCUUGAUUUCCUCUCUGAAAUCCCAUCUGGGUAUUGUUGAUUUUUCCAAUCCUGUAUUAUUCCAUAAUUACGUUGAUUUUUCUCUCUAAAUUCCCAGCUGGGUACUCGUGAAUUCCUCGUUUUAUAUUAUAUAUAGUGAGAAAUUGAUGCCAGUAUGAACCAGUCAUUCGGGCAAGGUAGCCCGAAGUCCUUUCUAGCUUACCCAAGAGAUGAUGUUGAUUUAGAAUCAGGAAAUCUUAAAAAGCUGCGAAAACCCAGAAGUUCACGACACAACUUCAUUAGGAUGCUUAAAUCAAUAGGAAAUCGCCUUCACUACUAUUAUAAGCUCCACCCCUUCCUGGUUUUCUUUGUUUCUUUGUCGUUUGGUGUAACCAUUCUGAUAGUUCUUUCCAUAUAUGAAACCCACUUCCGAAUAAUGAAUUCCCAGAAAAAUAGCAAUCUGGUCUUGGGUUCUUACCCAUUCGCGAAACUGCGUAAUCUUGUAAUGGUUGCUGGGCAUUCUGUGUACACAAGUAGUCAUUGUGAGAAGGUCGAUCGGGAGGAUGCAUGGUUUUUGGAGUCGUAUCAGAGGCAUCCAGGGCAAGCUUCUACGUUCUUGAUGCAUAUUAAGGAGGGGGUUGAGAUUGCAGCGAAAGAUGAGGGAGCUUUGCUUUUGUUUAGUGGUGGAGAAACUCGGAAAGACGCUGGCCCUCGAAGUGAGGCGCAGAGUUAUUGGUCUGUCGCCGAGUCAAUGGGCUGGUUUGGCAAGCAAAAGGAAGUGAGAUGGAGAUCACUCACAGAAGAACAUGCAAGGGACAGCUUCGAGAACCUUCUCUUUAGCAUGUGUCGGUUUCGGGAACUUACUGGCACAUAUCCUCAUAACGUAACAGUUGUGAGUUACGACUUCAAGGAGGAGAGAUUCGCUCAUCUGCACCGUUCAGCUAUUGGGUUCCCAGAAGCAAGGUUCUUCUAUUUCGGGACGCCGGCUUCACUGACUUCUAAGGAGGCAGCGAUGAAAGGAGAAGCAUCCGUGAGGGCUCAGUUCCAUGGCGACCCAUAUGGGUGUUCGGGUUCUCUUCGUCAAAAGAAGCUGAUGCGUGACCCGUUCCACCGCUCAAUUCCUUAUCCUAAUGGGUGCCCUGAACUCGAGGGGUUGUUUCACUAUUGUGGUACAGUUCCUUAUCCAGGUACACUUCCUUGGACUUGGCAGUGACGCCAUUUCUUUCUUUCACCAGUCUGUUAGCUUGGGUCAUAUCUUUUGCCACGAAGUUGCGACCAUGACCCAUCAAGAAAAGAAAGAAACCCAUCGCAACCAUGAUGUCCUAAUGAUGCAGUGCCAGGCACGAACAGCUCAUCUCAAUCCAACGGUGGGCUUUUUUUCUCUCUCUUUUUUUUUUUUUUCUAUUUUAUAUUUUCUGCUUGUAUACAGGAGACAAUGAUUGUGAAGUUUUGGGGGCAGUUUCUAAGGCAUAUACAAUGUACAGGUAGGGCACCCGUACAAUAUUUGGUGAUUA